GUUGAUAGCAGCUAUCGAUACUCACUUAAAAUUGAGGUACGAGUAAAGCUUUUAAAAUACACUACUGUACACAGUAUUAUUCUGACUGAUUUAAUACGGAUACUUAAAUUAACUGGGUUGUUUUGUUCUACCGUCUGAGGCAGUAGUAAAAGAGGCAUCACAAAGGCUUCAACAAGUGACGGCAGACGGAAGGGGAAGAGGAAAUCAACCAGUCAAGACAUGGAGGCAGACGUGGUCAAAAAGAAGAAACCAGUCAUAUCAAGCUUCAAACAGCCGACUGUUAUUGAACAACUGAAGUAUAUUCUAGCAGAAUAUCCAGAUGGAGGACAAAUAUUGAAGGAACUGAUACAAAACGCCGAGGAUGCAGGGGCAAGAACGAUGGGCAUACUUCUGGACGAGAGAAGACUUAACAGGACGGACGAAACAAGUCCUGCACAAUGCAAGAAAUUCUUUCAGGCUCCAGCCCUGUGCGUUCACAACGAUGCCGAAUUUGCUGAACAAGACUGGAAAGGAAUCAUCAUGAUAUAUAACAGUGUAAAAAAGUUUGACAUACUAAAAGUCGGACGUUUCGGACUCGGGUUCAAAUCAGUUUUUCAUUUAACAGAUAACCCCUGCAUAAUCAGUGGGAAACGCAUGCUGUUGAUGGACCCGCUUCAUCCGGCUGGCUGCGAACCGGCACCAAUGGAAAUAGGAGAUCUAGGCGAAAUGGAAGGGUUUGAUACAAACGCUUUUAUACAAGCACUUGAUGGUAAAUUUGGUUUCAAUCGAGAAACACUCUCAUCCGGAUAUUUCAGAGGAACGCUGUUCUGGUUUCCUCUCCGCGAAAUUCCGACUACGCUAUCAGACAACGUGUACACGGUGGAAAAAGUAAUGAAUUUAUUCAGGGCGUUUCAACAGGAUUCAUCUAGCAUCCUCCUUUUCUUGAAAAGUCUUUCGGAGGUGACAUUGUUUACGGAUAAUCAGUCCCAGCCGCCAGAGAGAAAAGUUUAUGCAAAGGUUAAAAUAGCGGACUCUGGCGUGAAAUGCUUGGCACAGAGAGCAACAUUUGCAUACAAAGUGAGCAGUAUGACACCUAAAAGCGCCGACAUUUCUUCAAUUAUGGAAGUUCCCAUUGAAUGUUUCUUUGACGGAAGUUCGAGUUCAAAUACUACUUGGCUUGUUGUCAAUUACGUUGUUAGUGAAUCGGCUUCGGAUGAGCUUAACCGACUUAUGAACGAUGAAAGCAUUGGUCUAAGUCCAUAUGUUGGCGUUGCUGCUCCUAUGACAACGACUUCUCAGUUCAAUGGUCAUAUAUUCUGUUUCCUGCCUCUUCCGAAAGAAGGCUCGAAACUAACAGGGUUACCAUUCCAUGUAAACGGGUUCUUCGCCCUUAGCUCCAAUCGACACCACUUAAAAUGGGAAACUGAUGAAGAUAAAAACCAACAGCAAUACGAUAAAAAUGUCCAUUGGAAUCACCUUAUGACAUCUGAAGUACUGCCGCGAGCUUACCGAUUAAUGUACGCCGCUGCAGUCAAUAAAAGUAAUACUUCUGGAAAUUCAGAAGACGAUAUCAAAAUUGUGUAUAACCUUGUACCAAAUAUCGACAAUGUUAAUGACAAUUGGAAACGUUUUGCGACGAAUGGCAUAAAAUGUAUGCAAACCGAAGAUGUUGUUUUUGCAAAUGAUGUUGGGCGAUGGGAUGUGUGUCAGAAAUGCGUAUUUGGAACAGCUGGUACGUUUGACGCAGAAGAAAUUAAAACGUCAGUGAGAUCCUCUAUGAAACGAAUGGGAAAGUCUUAUGUUGAACUUGAUGAAACUACAUUGAAGACUUUGCAGGUUGUUUUUACCACUUCAGUUAUUUGUGUCUCGCCGGAUCUGAUUACUCGCUUUCUACAAGAAUCGAACGCAUACCAAUGUCUUGCUGAUGAGAUGAAAACAGACCUUUUAGUUUACCUCUCAGCUGAUAAACAGUUUAAUCUACUGCAAGGACUGAAAUUAUUGCCCCUUGCAAAUGGCACAUGGGUCAGCUUUCAAAAAGAAGGGAAUGCCUUAUUCAUUACAAGUGCGGAAGUUAUUGAAAUUUUUCCCGAUUUUAAAGACCGUUUCGUUAUGGCAACUCUAUCAUCGAAAAGCGACAUAGCAUUCCAGUCUAUAAUUGAAGAAGGGAGCUAUCGCAUUUCAAACUUUUCUUCCGACGCACUCCGUACUUUCCUGCGAGAGAGUCUACAAGCAUUCGUAGACAAAGACAUGGACAACUCUUCGAAGAUAAGUCUACUGUGGCUUGAAAAAGUCUGGAGCUUGGUGACUAAACACGGUUUAGAACGUUUUAAAGAUUUGCGACUUCUACCACUACUACAAGAAGGGACAUUUGAUGGCACAUACGUUGUCAAACUGGUGCCUUUAACGUAUCCCUAUGUCCUGAGUGAUUUGAACAACAUAAGCAAAGGUAUGAAUGGAAAUGUGAAGAAGGCAUUGCAGCUUCUAGGAAUAACCGUGCUUGAGGAUUUACCGAACUGGCUGCCGAAAAGACAUUUGAAUGGUUAUGUUUCUCAGCUGAACCACUACGAACUCAAAAGAUGUUUCGAUACAAUUGAAGAGGACAAUGUUUUGGCUGUUCGUACUAUAUUCAAUAGCAAAGCAGAUGACGAAACACGGAAAGACUUCGUGAAAUACUUAUGUUACAGUGAAGAAGAUUACGGAAUGUCUUUUCUAGAGGAGCUUGAAAUAUUUAAAAUGAUAUCAAAAACCAAGGGAUGCGAGAAAUAUGCUAAGCUGAAAUUGGCAGGGUUUUUUAUCGAUAUAAAGACUGAAAAUAAACUACCUGGAGAUAUUGAUAUUCCAGUUCAGUGUUUUAGACGUGAUAAGACAAACAGCAGAUUGAUCAAAAUGUUCAAUAUAACUGAAUUGACCAUGGAUGAAUUUGUAAGGAUGAAACUACGAGAGAUAACAAAGAGAGGGUACGCAUCGGACACUGACGACUUCAUGAAGUUUUUUUUGAAGAAUAUAAAGAUGUUUAAACCACAAACAGAUAUUAUUCAAAUGGCAACAGACAUCGCUUUUAUCAAACAUGAUAGCAAAUUAAAACGAGCAUCACAUUUCUUUGAUCACACAGACGAAAAUCUGAAAAAGCUUUUUUGGAAACAAGAUGUAUUUCUUCCAGAACAGGACUUCGAUAACCGGGCAUUCUUAGAUGGCUUAAGAACAAUUAGUUUGAAAUCCGUAAAGUGUGUCAGCGCAGAAGACAUGUUAGGCGUUGCACAAGAACUAGAUUCGUCUAAAAAAAGUGAAGUAUUUGAAGCUGAAAUGCAUGAUAAAGCCAACGCAUUUCUUAACACCAUCGAGAACAAUCCAAAUCUUCUUCAGAACAUCGUGCAUGUUAGGAACAAAAUCACAACAAGCCUUGGAGAUGCGUUACGGAAACUACAGUGCUUUCCUUGUAUAAGCAAUGUCAUUGGCAAUGUAGAGUACCCCAAAGAAUUGCUAUUUAAAGAUUUAAAACACCUUUAUUGUCCACCUGAUUUACGAGAUGCUCGAUACAGUAAGCUGAUCGGUUCAAUAAAGCCUUUGAUCAAUUCGAAUUGCAAAGAGCUUGCAGAAUUUUAUGAAUGGACUAAACCGCCUUCCAUUGAGGACCUUAUUAAUAACCUGAUUGUUGUCAGAGGGAAAUGCACUAUUGAUACUCAACAUGAUGUCGCAAAAGUGACAAAGGGUAUAUAUUUAGAGUUAAGGGAGCAGAAAGACGAUGUUGUGAUUAAAAAAGAGAUAUUUGAAGAAAAUACCUUAAUCUGGACCGAAAAGGGAUUCAAGGGCCCAUCGCGCUCGAUCUUGAAGCACACUGUUGGCGAAAUCCUUCUUAGUCCGGUUUUCGAAUAUAUUCCUGACGACUUCCGCGACGUACACGGCAUUUUGGAGGCCUUAGGAAGUAACCUCAUUCAAGAUAAGCUUGUAUUAACGCAAUACCUGCAAGAAAUACAGACAAAGUAUCUAGAUGGCCAAUAUGAAGCAGCUGUUGUAUCUAAUGACAAAAAGCUUGUCAGCAAUGUUCUAGAAAAGUUAGCAAUGUUGAUUAAGAACGAUGAAGCAGACAAAGAGUGGAUGGAACGAAAUGUGCUAAUAAUGAUCGACACAAAUGAAGAAUGUACAAUUGAAUUUGAUCAAAUUUCUAACUGUGUAUAUGACAAAGAAAGAGACAUGUUUGAUGAUUCAGAUGAAGAACAAAUUUUCAAAUAUGUUCAUCCAUUGUGUAUAGAACACGCAAUAAAUCUUGGAGUGAAGUCGGUUACACGCCAAUCAUUAAUGGAUGCUGAAGAUAUCGGGGUCAAAGAUUGGGGUCAAAACGAACGUUUGACAACACGACUAAAUCGGCUUUUGAAAGAGGACUAUAUUGAUGGUCUCUCUGUGCCUAAAGAACUCGUUCAAAACGCUGACGAUGCAGGCGCCACGGAAAUAAGCUUUCUUUACGACGAACGAGACCACAUAGGUUAUAGAAAACGUCUUAUUAGCAAGGAACUUUCAGAGUGUCAAGGAGCUUCGUUAUUUGUUUACAAUAACACAACAUUCUCCGAAGAUGAUUUCAAAAACAUAACACGCAUAAACGAAGGAACAAAACAGCAUGACACCUCAACAAUUGGAAAAUUCGGUCUUGGAUUUUGUUCUGUUUACAAUUUAACAGAUGUUCCCAGUUUUGUUUCAGGUCGAAAUAUGGUCAUUUUCGAUCCUCACGAGAGGUAUUUGGACGAGAGCGACCCCAAAAAGGGGAUAAAGAUACCUUUGUCUAAACGCACAUUGGUAAAGAGGCAUGUCGAUCAGUUUAUGCCUUUUGAAGGUUUGUUCGGCUGUUCGAUCGUAGGUGAAUCAUUUACAUCAUUUGAGGGAACUCUAUUUCGUCUGCAGCUUCGAACUGCAGUCCAGGCCGACAAAAGCGAGAUUUCAAAAAGGGUUUACAACAAGGAUGAAGUUAUUGGGCUUCUAAACAUGUUGAGAAAACAUGCAGGCGACUUGCUUCUAUUUUCACAAAAUGUGACGACUAUAAGAAUUUUCCACCUGCGAAAAGAUUAUGUCUCUUCUGACGAGGUAAAGCCUGUGUUUGAGAUGAAUAAAAGCAUAAUAGGUGAUACAUCUAGUCUUAAGAACAGAUUCUCAGUAUUGAAACUUUGUUCACAGACACAUCAAACAGUUGAACAUGUUCAAGUUGUCUCACUUGUAACAAACGUCUCUAAUCCAGAGCUUUUUGAAUCCUGCGAAACAGAUAAUUAUGAAGAACGAUUUGUAAUAUCUUGGUAUAAAUGUUCGACAGAUGCACGUCAGUGUACCGAGGAAACAGCCAUUCCUGUAUCGGCAAUAGCUAUUCCAGAUAUCUAUUCUAAGACGGGAGUACAUCGUUCAUUAUCUGAUGUAAGACAGGGAUUCUACAAAGAAGGACAUUUGUUCUGUUUUUUGCCUUUGCCAGUAAUAACAAAGUUGCCUUUCCAUAUAAAUGGAUUAUUUAGCGUUACUUCAAAUAGACGAUGUUUAACUCUUGCGACAGAUGAUGAUAAGACGGUUAAUUCGUAUCAAUGGAAUGACAACUUACUUUCAACAUGCACCGUUCAAUCAUUUGUGAACUACUUGCGUUUCUUAGGCAAUGAAGACACAUUUGGUUCGACGGUAUCUGACACGCAUUAUUACGGAACUUGGCCAGAACCUGGGGAAAAAGCAGUCGAACCGUUUGUUAAGGCAUUUUACACGACCGUCUUGCAAGAUAAUCCAAGUGAAUUGCAAUAUGGCCCACGUGUAUUUAGAAGCAAGGAAAGUCAAUCAUACUUACCGUUCAGUAGUAUUUUAGUGCUCGGCAAAGCAAUACGAAACAAUACAACGGUAAACGCAAUCGCGUUUAAAUUUUUGAUAUCUGUUCCUAUUCCUAAUGAAAGGAUUGUAGUGAAUUUGCCUACAAAACAGCUCGAUAUUCUGAUUUAUUAUAAUCGCAAUGCUUGUGAAAAUGUUUUAAUAACGGAGAAAAUGUUGUAUAUUCAUUUGCUGGAAAACAUGGCGAAUGAUUAUUGGAGAGGAAAAACGGAUGAGCGCAAUGUAAUGCUGCGGCAUGCAAUCUUAUGCCAAAACGGAUUCGUUCAAGAACAGUUAAAACGUGUUUCCUGUAUCCCCACUCAACCCAAUGAACGUUUUAAAAGAAUCGAAGAACUUAUUCAUCCAGAUAAGGACUUGGCAAGACUGUUUGUAGAAAGUGAAGAAAGAUAUGUGAUUAAAACCAAUGGAUUAAGAGAUGAAAUGGUUCUUUACGAAUUAGAAAGAUUAGGUAUGAUGUGUGAUACGUUGACUGACGAAUUAUUGAUAGACAGAUGUAAAAGUAUAGAAGUGUUUUCACAAAAAUGCUCACAUUGCACUUUGCUACGUAUAGAUGCGGUUAAAAAGUACUUAAAUAAACAUUUGUCGAAUAUAAUCCCAUCGCUUGCUGCAGUAAUUCGAGGCAUAUUUAUUAUUCCUGUGCAAACAAGAUUGCCAGGAUGGAAAUUCUCAUUCCAAUCCGAAAAUAGAGAUGACUUGAAAAAAGUCACAACUCAUUUAUGCAACGAGCACAGGAUAUACAACACAUCUGUAAGAGCUCUGAUUGGGAGGCCAUGUUUUUUAUACGAAAGCCGCCUUGUGCAUGAAAUUGGAUCCGUUGAAUGUGUAGUAAAAAGUUGCUUUGAAAUAAAGCAAGAAUUAUCAAGUUUUUUAGGCAUUAGAUCGCAGGAGAGAAUAACUGUAAAUAUGUUGUUGCAGCAAUUAAAUGUGUUAGCCGACGAAUAUAAAGGUUCGAAGGAAAGUGAUAACUCAGUAACUAGUCAAAUAGUGAAGCAGGUGUACUCUAGAUUGGAUAACAAGUUGACGAAACCAUCGUUGCAGGAAAAUCUGGAAUGUGUAAGUGAAAACAUGUCAGGUGUUUUUAAUAAGAAGAUUAUUAUGUAUGGAAAAUCAUUUUACAGCGUGAAACAAGUCGCGAUGAGCAUGGAAACAGAUUGCAAGCCGGAACUUUGCCUUUUGCAAAAUUUGUCGGAUUUAGAAUUGCGAUUGUUUAAAAAAUUAGGUGUAAAAGAACACUUCAGUAAGGAAGAUAUAAUUGCGGUCAUGGAAAGUAAACGUUUAUUGUGGAAAGACAAGUCAUGCAAAGGCAAAGAAGUUAAAUUAAUAAUAAACUUGCUUAGAAAUUUGCAUUCAAUUAUGGAAAUUGAACAUGUGAAAAUAGAGGAUCUGCAGAAACACAAGGACUUCAUCGUUGCACCGGAUGAAAAGAAUGUUCUAGCCCCCACUUAUGAACUUGCAUUAGAAGAUCAAGCUGUUCGAUGGACUAGAAAGGUCCGACUAGUACAUGGUGAUGUGCCUCCAAAUAUCGCGAAGGCUCUUGGAGUCCAAACAAAGAAAACAAGUUUGAUCAAAGGUUUUUCGAAAGGAAUAUUUUCUUUUGGGCAAAGAGAAAAGCUGACCACACGAUUGAAUGGUAUUCUUAGAGAUUAUCCUAGUGAUGCCAGUAUAUUUAAGGAGUUUAUUCAGAACGCUGAUGACGCUGGUGCGACUGAAAUAAAUUUCAUCAAGUUCUUUGAAACUCAGAAUAUAGCACAUUCAAUCGGACGAAACCAAGUCUUAGGCCCAGCAUUGUGUAUUUACAAUAAUUCACAUUUCAGUGAUAAUGAUUUAGAUGGCAUUAGAAAUUUGGGAAUCGGAAGUAAAACUGAUGAUCCAACAAAAACGGGACAAUACGGACUGGGGUUUAACGCAGUUUAUCAUAUCACUGAUACACCGUCGUUUUACACUAAGGGUCCUGGCUUAGGAAAAGAAGGAGUUCUUUGUAUAUUUGAUCCUUUGUUUAAGGAUAUCCCUGAAACAGAUGAACCUGGAAUAAAAUGUGACAUCGACGACAUGGAUGAGGAAUUUAAAGAUAUUUUGAAAGGAUAUCCAGGAAUGAAAUCCGAUGUCGGAACAGUGUUUCGUUUACCAUUGCGACAAGAAAAGUCAGAAGUAAGCGUGCAUUGUAUAAAUAAUUAUGAAAUUGAUAAAUUACUUGGUCUGCUUCAAGAGGAGGCAACUACAUGUCUUCAGUUUUUAAAAAACCUCAAAUCAAUAGGAAUUUCAACGUACAUAGAUGGCAGGGUACGCACCGAGUUCAGCGUAGAAGCAAAGUUGACAGAGUCGGAUGAAAUUAAAAGAAAGCAAUAUUUUGAUAAUGUAAGAAAAGUUUGUAAAAAUAAUAUGGAUGAUAAAUAUAAAAAUAUUUUAGAGGAUCAAUUUUCUGUGACGUACAAUCUGUCUAUUGUUGAAAACAAGCGUCGGUGCAAACGAUGGCUUGUAUGCAAUCAAUUUUCAAGUGAUACCAAACCAGACGAGAAAGACACUUCAUGUAAACUUAGGCCGGCAUUCGCCGAUAGGGAUCUUGGCUUAAUGCCAACAGUAGGAAUAUCCAUACCGAUGUUCGAAACAGAAGUAUCCGACCUAACACGAGCUCAUAAGGCUUUCUGCUUUUUACCAUUGCCUAUAGGAACAGGUCUUCCUUUUCACGUGAAUGGCCAUUUUUCAGUAGAUCGAGGACGACGGAUGUUAAUCAGCAGCGGCGUGAGCGAAACAUGGAACAAAUACUUGUUGUCAAGUCUAUUGCCUGAAACAUUUUGUACAUCACUUCUUGAAGUACAGAGCAUACUUUGUGAUCUUUCUGGGGAAGGGAUGACUCAGGCGAAACUCAAGAAAAUUUUGAAGCUAUACAAUAACAAAUUUCCAGAAUGUUUUUUUGCAACAGAAAGUAAAUGGAAAUACUACGUACAAAAUGUUUACAAAAUGAUUUUGGAGCAAGAGUGUAAGUUGUUUCCGGUUCUGCUCACAUCUGAUUCUCAAGAUAAACCACUUGGUUUUGAACUGGGAUGGACGCAUUUAGCUCGCAGUGAAGACGAUAAGGCAGGAGGUGUUUUUUACGGAGCGCAUACGGCACAUGAUGUAUUGCAUUUACAACAAGACCUGGUGAAGUCCAUAAUGGCGAGAAUCGGAAUGAAAAUUGUAGAAAGUCCCGAUGUUGUUAAACAAUCAAUAGAAGAAGUGGGGUUGAAAGUUUUAAAUUGCACACCUGAUUUAGCAUUGAAGUACAUUCGUGAAACUGAUGUGCAGAUAUGUGGUAAAAAUAUAGAGCAAUCAUGCUUUAUGUCGGUCCAGCAUUUUAAGAACUUGAUUUCAUUCCUUCUGUCAAGUCCAGUUGAACUGAUGCUAGAAGGUUUACCACUCUGUCUUACACAAGACAACAUCCUUCAUAAGUUUGAUUCACAUAGGCCGGUAUUUUGCUCAAAGUACCUUUCCCUGUUACCCGGAUCUUCUAAUGAAUUUAUUCACAAUGAUGUAGUGGAUUAUUUGAAGAACAGGAAAUAUAUCUUCCAAUCCGGAGUGUUAAAAGAGUUAAGAGUGGAAAAUCUAUGUAAUUUGCUUCCUUCAUCAUAUGAUUUAGAUGUUUUUCGUGGUGGCAAUGAUUUAGAGGUGGAAUCAUUCAAGUCAGAAGACACAAAUUUUGACCUGAGAAUGUUCUUCAUUUUUUUGCACGCGAAAUCAGUCGACUGCAACAAAGUGUUUUCGGUUGACCUAUUCGUCAAAAAUGUGUCGUGUUUCAAAAGUUGGUCUUUCCUACCAUCAAAGGGUAUAGCACAUGCAUUAAAUUCGCUUAUUCCACUAGAACAACCUUUUAGGUUGUAUAAAAAUGGAAGCGGUUAUGAAACCGUCCAUAGAAUUAUUUCAAGACUCAAUAUUCCUACACUAGACACAAGCUGGUUAUUUAUUACUAAAACACAAAUGGAAUUUGAAAUAGAAUAUGGACUAGAGGCAAUGAUAUCAUCCGUUUCGAAUCCAUUUGAACUAAUAAAGUGUCUUAAUUUUUACAAACAGACUCUGCAAGACACCAUAUCACGUUUUGAAGCUGUCGAAAUUCUUGGAUAUGUUUCAGAAAGAAUAACAGCAAUGGCUAUCCAUGUCGAUCUUGUGAACAUGAUACGGUCUCUGCCGCUGUAUGAAACUGCAUACGGAGAUUUGAUUAGUAUUGAAAACGUGAAUAAUGUUGUAAUUCUUUCUGCAAGAAUUCCGCCAGAUGGAAUGAAAGAAAUCGCCGAGGCUACAAAUACGACAUUUGUGAUGUUUUAUGAAAAGUAUUCCUAUCUGUUGAAGCAUAUUUCAUCAUGCAUUGAAGUUAAUCGACUAUAUGCAGAUAUGAUUGUGCCAAAUUUUCAAGCAAUUCCUCCCGAACAUCAGAUGAAACAUCUGGAAUAUAUCCGAGAUUAUAUUUGUACAGGUUUGUCGAAAAACACAUGGUAUACAAAGAAGAUUACUCGUCUUCUCACGGACAUUCCAUUUAUUCGAAUUGGAAAUCGAGAACGACGUGUUAACGAAUUCUUUAGCCACAGAAACAAUGUAUUUGUUGAAAUGCUUACAGAUGAUGAAUUUCUUCCAAAUCAUUUAAGAACAGACGUAUGGGAAAGAUUUCUUGAAGCAUUAGGACUUGUCACAAAGCUAACACAACAAAAAGUGUUGGAAUUCGCCAAAUGUAUUGCACAUGAUUCAGUAAAUGUCCAAGGGAACAUAAACGGACUGAAAAGAAAAUCACACACAUUGACGUCAUUUAUUUUGAAUGCUGAAAAAAGUUUCUUUAGCUCAAACGUCCUUGACGAACUUAAGAAUGUAAAGUUUGUUAACUCUCAUGAAGUUAACACUGACAGAAGCGCAAUAUGCAAAUCGUUCAGCAAGCCCAAUGAGUUCAUUUGUUUUAAUGGGUCAACAGCAUACACAUGGCAGGACAUAUGUUGGUCAAGUACACAUAUUUUGCACAGUGAUAUUCAUACCAGGUCAGAUGAACGUCAUGAUGAACUUGGUGUGUUGACAUAUCCGUCAAUAGAAAGAGUUAUUGUGCAUAGUCAUAAUGUGACUGAAGUAUUCAAAAAGAAAACUACUAGGACGCAUGACAAAUUGAAGUUUAUCACUCCACUCUACGACUUUUUCAUGAACCAUCUAAACAGCCCUGAGUUGAUAAAACUAAGGAAUUCACAUUUUGUUUAUAUACCUGACGAAGCUAUGGUAAGAGCCGAUAUGGUGUAUGAAACCUCCGCGUUGAAAAGCACUGAGAUCAAGCCAUAUUUGUAUCAGCUACCAAAAUCCUUACGAAAAUACAUUGACUUAUUUGAAAACCUCGGAGCGAUGAGUCAAGUUUGUAGAUCACAGUUUGUAAAUGUGCUGGAUUCAAUACAUACUGAGUACGAUGAUCAAAGUUUGCCACUGCAGGUGCUUAAAAAGGUUGCACAGACGAUCACACUUCUGUUCAAACUUGAAGGAUCACUUGGAGAUAGUAAUGCAAAGUUGUUUCUACCAAACAAAGUAAUGAAACUGAGGGAAUCGUCAAGUAUCACUGUUUGUGACAACAAAACAUACGCGGGAAUCUUAAAAGAUGUUACUGACAUUGACUACUUUCUUGGAUUCAAUGAAAUGGAAAUAGAAGAGUUUACAGACUCAGCUGCAGUGUUUGAGACAUUGCCAAAUUCUAUGCAGCCAUGCUUCUUAAGCAAAGUCGUGAGUGAAAAAGUGUCGUUACAAUCGAUUGAAUUUGUUGAAUCACUUGUGUCCUAUGAAUGGCAGUACUUUUUACGGAGCGACAGUUUUAUUAAUGGAAUAAUCAGGCUCAUUCGUGCUCAGUGUGGAUUAAGUAACAAGGGAAAGCCAGCAACUGAUUUAGAAGAUAAGUCAAGAAACAAAUUGAGAAAUGUCCGCAUUAAACAAGUGAAUGGGUUACGAACAAAAGUGUCAUAUAAAGGCAGUGUGCUUAAUGGGGUUAGUUUGCAACGGAAAUGCUAUAUAACGGAUAUAAAUUGUGACGAGGAAAACUCGUCUUUUGAGCUGUACUUUGACUCUCGUGGCACUACAGACGAGAAAAUGAUUCUUUCUGAGGAGGACGGAAUUUUCGAUUUAGUACAAAAAUGCACUGACCAUAUCAUGGACAAGGACAAAUGUAACAUAUUGAGUGCAAUAUUGAACUGCAGGAAUGAUCCUGAACAAAUUGCUGAACUGCUUGAUAGACGUAACAUUGCAGAAAUCGAUUUUAAGCCCUCUUCCGUAUUUCCAAAGCCUGGUACCUAUGUAAAUCGAGAAUUUUACCCAUUUCUACUACAGGAAAUAGUUCCCUUUAAAGCGCAUGAAUUUGAAUUCGUAGCAAUGGAAGUAGAGUAUGAAGAUGAUAGAAAUAACGCAUAUAUAUACGUCCAUAUCAUGAGUCAAAUUCAAAAGGUUGCGGGAUCUUUAGACAUAGCGUUACGGUACAAUGUAAAUGCUGGCGAGCCUAGAGGUUUCAUCGAAGUGCCGAUUUUCAAACUUUAUCGCUUUGUUUCCCCAAAUUCUCAAAAUACUACUACAGAAGUGGAACUUUACGACUCACAAAAUAUAAUCACACGACCUCUUGACGAAAAUCGCCGUAGAGUAAGGGAAUUGUUAACUGCAGCUUUUAAGAUGUGCGAAAAAGAUAGAAAGAUAUUGAUUAAGCGACUAUUGUUAAGGUGGCAUCCCGACAGAAAUCCUGGUUUAGAGGAUUAUGCGACGGAAAUAUUUAGCUAUAUUAAAGAACUAAUCGUUGAAUUGGAAAGAAGCGAAUUUUCUGCUGGAUCAAGCGGAACAUUCGUGUCUCGUUACAGCAAUUUUAGUUCGAGGAUUGUAAGCGAUGGUCAGGUGUUUGCUGAAGAAUUCCGAAAAAGAAGACGCAAUUAUCAAUCGUUUUUCACCUGGGGCUUUUAUACUGGCAGUAGAAAAGAGUAUCUUCCUGUUCCUAAUCCCGGAGAAGCAGACAGAUGGCUUUGCCAAGCAAAAACGGACUUUAAAGUCGCGAGUGUAAUGAUUGCCAAUACCGAGGAGUCGUUCAAGGGGUUCAACUGGAUCUGCUAUCAAUUUCACCAGGCAUGUGAAAAAGCGCUAAAAGCUGCCAGAUUUUCCAGAGAUGCCAACCGAUGUCCUCGAUGGACACAUGACCUAUGCAGCCUCAUGGUUGGAGAUGAGUUUGAUGAAAUUAAAGGAGAGGUAAGAGAGUUCGAAUCACGCCUGAACAUAUCGGGAAGCCAUUACUUCCGACUUCGAUAUCCAGAUGCCGUUGAAAUGGAAAGGUUGCCUUCCGACGUAUUCAGUUCAGACGAUGCCGCAUUUGCAAAAGAAACUGCUCAUAAAGUUAUAACGUUCGUGGAGGAUUACAUCGUGUGAAUUGUUUUAACCAUACGCCAAAAGUAGUACUUCGAGUGAAUUGAUUAAACCAUACACCAAUAGGAUUGCCUCGGUGUUUGGUCUUUUGAAGAAUAGGUUUCGUUGACAAUAAAAUAUCUAUUCUUGUUAUGUCUUUUGUAUGACAGACGCGUUAGCAUUCUAUAUCAUGUCAUGUGAGCUAUAUUUGUUGCUUUUUUUCCUUAAUUAUUGUAGCAACGUGUUAUUGAAUGUACAUGAAAUAAUAAAUGUCAUUUGCUAUAAAUAAAAUUGUUAGUAAAGAAUUGUUAGUAAAUAAUAAUGUUUAAAUAUUAAAUUGUUUGUCUGUAAAUAAUUAAGAUAUAGAUUGCAGUUUUUCUCUAUUAUAUGUGUAUGGAGCAUUUUGCUUUUACUUUUUUCUUUGUUUUCCAUUUUUCUUUGUUUUUUGACACUCCUAUAGUAUUCAACUGUCUUUCCCGAUCGUGCGAUAUAUUGGUGUAAUCUGUAAAAAUGUAUUUAUAUUUUUAGAGUCAAAGGAGGAGUAUAAUAAAUUGCUUCCCAUAAUAGUUUAAGCCUUUAACAAAUUUGCCUUAGCUUAAAAUUAAGGCUAUAAAGAUAUUCUAUUUUCAUAUAAGUGUGUAUCAGAUCAAAACUGUUAAUUUUAAGCCGCUUAGAAAUUUGCUUAAGGUUAGAAUUCAUGUUGUAUAUUUAUUUAUUUGUAUUUAUGUAAAUAUGUGAUGAUCACUGUCAAUUCAAAUUAGCAAUCUUGAUGUCAUGUGCUUUUGGGUUUUAUUUAUUUUCAAUAAAUGUUUUAUUUAUUUCAUUAUACUAAUUAUAUUUUUGUUCAUUGUAUUAACAAGGUUUGGACAUGUCAACUAUCAUUUAAAUUUGAGUUUUAUGCUGUUUUGUGCUGUUCAUCCAUGUUUCUUGUUUGUGAAUUUUUGUUUUUAUGUUCUUUGUCUUUUGCGUUUGUUUAUGUUACUGAGCUUGUUUCUGUUGUUUCUGAAGUAUUUCGCAUAAAUAUUUUUACAAUAUAAUUGUGUUUUAUAAACAAAGGGUUGACCUGUUAAUUAUAUUUAAAACUUGUGUAUUAUCCAUAUUUGUUUGUGUUUUAUUCCACGAGAUGGAAUUUUCUAUAAACAAGGGGUUGGCCUGUUGAUUAAUUAUUUAGAUAAAUGUCAUUUUAUUUGUCUAUCAUUAAUAAGCUUUUAACAUUCAUUUAUCUUAGUUUCAUUUCAUGAUCAUUAUUUUCAAGUAUUUUAUAUCACAAGAUGGACAUAUGUAUGAAUUAGUAAAUGCUUGUUUAUUUUGAUUUCAAACGCCCUGUUUAAUGUAUAUAGGAAUACUUAAAUAUCACACUAUUGGUUUAUUUUCAAUACUUAGUUUUGUUUCAUUUUGCAGGAUAUACAUUUGUAGAACAAAGGCUGUUCAUUAUAAGUAUAACGUGUGUAUUAUAUCAAGAGUAACAGUGUCUUAUUCCACAGGAUGUACCUUUGUAUAAACAAAGGGUAUGCAUGUUAAUAAUGAUUUAAACAUGUGUGUUAUUCAAACUAUCAUUAUGUUUUAUUCCACAGGAUGAACCUUUGUAUAAACAAAGGGUGGGCCUGUUAAUAAUAAUUUUAAUAUGUGUGUUAUUUAAACUAGCAUUGUGUUUUAUUCCACAGGAUGAACCUAUGUAUAAACAUAGGGUGUGCCUGUUAACAAUAAUUUUAAUAUGUGCGUUAUUUAAACUAUCAUUCUGUUUUAUUCCACAGGAUGAACCUAUGUUACACAUAGGGUGGGCCUGUUAAUAAUAAUUUGAAUAUGUGUAUUAUUUAAACUAGCAUUGUGUUUUAUUCCACAGGAUGAACCUAUGUAUAAACAUAGGGUGUGCCUGUUUACAAUAAUUUUAAUAUGUGUGUUAUUUAAACUAUCAUUGUGUUUUAUUCCACAGGAUGAACCUAUGUAUAAACAAAGGGUGGGCCUGUUAAUAAAUAUUUUAAUAUGUGUGUUAUUUAAACUAUCAUUGUGUUUUAUUCCACGGGAUGAACCUUUGUAUAAACAAAGGGUGGGCCUGUUAAUAAUAAUUUAAACAUAUUUGCUUUUCAAACUACCAUUGUGUUUUAUUUCACAGGAUGAACCUUUGUUUAAACAAAGGGUGGGCCUGUUAAUAAUAUUUAAACAUAUGUGUUAAUCAAACUAGCAUUGUGUUUUAUUCCUCAGGAUGAACCUUUGUAUAAACAAAGGGUGGGCAUGUUAUAAACUAUUAAACAUGUGCACUAUUCAAACUAGAAUUAUGUUUUAUUCCACAGGAUGAACCUUUGUAUAAACAAAGGGUGGGCCUGUUAAUAAUUAAUUUUAGUAUGUGUGUUUUUCAAACUAGCAUUGUUUUUUAUUCCACAGGAUGAACCUUUGUAUAAACAAAGGGUGGGCCUGUUAAUAAUAACUUUAAUAUAUGUGUUAUUAAAACUGGCAUUGUGUUUUAUUCCACAGGAUGAACCUUUGUAUAAACAAAGUGUGGGCCUGUUAAUAAUAAUUUUAAUAUGUGUGUUAUUUAAACUAUCAUUGUGUUUUAUUCCACAGGAUGAACUUUUGUAUAAACAAAGGGUGGGCCUGUAAAUAAUUAAUUUUAGUAAGUGUGGUUUUCAAACUAUUAUUGUUUAUUCCACAGGAUGAACCUUUGUAUAAACAAAGGGUGGGCCUGUUAAUAAUAAUUUAAACAUGUAUAUUACAUAAACUAUCAUUGUUUUUUUAUUCCAUAGGAUGAACCUUUGUAUAAACAAAGGAUAGCCUGUUAAUAAUAAUUCAAACUUGUGUAUUACACAAGUCAUAGUUAUGUCUUAUUCCAAAAGAUGAAUCUUUGUAUAAACAAAUGGUGGGCCUGUUAUUAAUUAUUUAACUUGUGUUUUAUUCCACAUGAUCAACCUUUGUAUAAAGGGUGGGCCUGUUAAUGAAAUUGUUAAUAUUUGUAUUACACAAACUAUAGUAAUGUUUAUUCCACAGGAUGAACCUUUGUAUAAACAAAGGGUGGGUCUGUUAAUGAAAUUGUUAAUAUUUGUAUUACACAAACUAUAGUAAUGUUUAUUCCACAGGAUGGACCUUUGUAUAAACAAAGGGUUGACCAGUUAGUUAUAAUUUAAACAUGUAUCUUAUUUAAACUUUCACUGUGUUUUAUUCCACAGAAUAAACCUUUAUAAAAGCAAAGAGUAGGCUGGUUUAUAAUAAUCUAAACAUGUGUGUAUUUCAUAAACUAUCAUUGUGCUUUAUUCAACUGGAUGGACCUUUGUGUAAACAAAGGGUGAGCCUGUAAAUAAUAACUUUAACUUGUGUAUUAUAAAAAUAUCUUUGGUUUUAUUUCACAGGAUGAACCUUUGUAUAAACAAGGGUAGGUCCUGUUUAUAAUAAUUUAAACUUUGUAUUAUUCAAACUAUAACUAUGUUUUAAUACUUAGGAUGAACCUUUGUAAUACGAAUGGGUGGGCUGUUUAUUAUGCUUUAAACUAUUAUAUUAUAGAAACUAUUUUUUUUUAUUUCACAGGAUGUACUUUUGUAAAAAUAAAUGGUGUUCAUGUUUAUAAUGCUUUAUAAAUGCGUAUUAUUCAAACUGUAGAAAUGUCUUAUUCCACAGGAUGUGCCUUUGUAUUAACAAAGGGUUUGCCUUUUUAUUAUUAUGUACAUAUUUUAUAUUAUAUAUAUAUUAUUGUCUAUGUAUUAUAAAAACAUAUUGUGUUUUAUUCAACAGAAAGAAACUUUGUAUAAACAAAGGGUGGGUCUGUUAAUACUGUUUUAAACUUGUGUAUUAUAAAAAAUGGUAUUGUGUUUUAUUCCACAGAAUUUACCUCUGUAUUAACAAAGAGUGGGCCUAAUAAUUAUGAUUUAAACUUGUGCAUUGUUGAAACAUUGUGUUUUUAUUUCACAGGAUGUAUCUUUCUAUAAGCAAAACGUGGGCCUGUUAAUAACAACCUUAACUUAUGUGUUAUUCAAACUAUCGGUUUCGUAAGUCCACAGGACGUGCCUUUAUAUGUACAGAGGGUUGGCCUGUUAAGUAUAUUUAACACUUUUGUAUUAUACAAAACGUCAUUGUGUUUUAUUCCACAUGUACAAUACAAAAUAUCAUUUUGUUUUAUUCCAAAUGAAUUAUACAAAAUAUCAUUGUGCUUUAUUCCACAUGAUUUCAAAAGAUAUAUAUUCCUGUUGUUUAUAUCAGUAUCUCUUGUGUGUUGCAACAUAUUAUAACAAUGUUUAAUUGCACAAGUUGUUUGUUGAAACAACAACUGGACCUGUUAAUUAUAUUUUAAAUCAAAAAUUAAUUGUCUUUUCAUUUAAUAUUAUACCUUUGUAACGCUACCAACGUGCUUGUUGUAUAUAAUUCUAUAAAUGACUUGCGUUUUAUAAAAUACUUGUCUAGGUUCCACUUCUUUAAACCAGUGUUAUAUUCCACAAGAUGUACUUUUUGUAUAAACCAGGAAGAAUGUGGGACUCGAAACAAUAUGAAAUGCGCAUUGAAUGUGUUUCAAUUUAAUUACAUAUAUUUUGUAGUUGUACUUUAUGAUGUAUCUUUGUAAAAAUAAAGAAUGGGUCUGUCAUUUAAACAUACAUUUAUCUAAGUUUCAUUUCAUGAUCAUUAAAAUCCUGUGUAUUUUUUCCAGAGAAUGGACCUUUGUAUGAGUAAAUGCUUGUUAGUUUUAGUUUUGAACGUCCUGUUUAAUGUUUAUAUGAAUACUUAAAUAUUGCACUAUUGUUUUACCAAAGGCAGAUAAAGGCCCAGAAUGUGAGAGAAAAUAAGACAUGUGAAGGCAUUCAUAUCGAAUUUAAACUCAAAUUUAGUAAUAAUAGAAAAAAAACAUAUAAUUGGAAAUUGCAAAAGAAGCUGAACAUUGUGUAAACUUACGAAUGGUACUGUUUUGCUUAUUUUUGAUACGAGUUUUUGCGAAAAUGAACAUGCCACUUUUAUCUCUGUUAGACUCAUUCUUGAAGAUGAUGUCACAUUAAUUAAACACGCUCGCACAACUAUUGUAGCUGACUGUCUUAAAGGCUUAAUUUCAGCAGUGUAUUUCAAUAAUGUAUACUAGCAAAAAAUUAUCAUUGUUUUCUUUUGUGAUUUUUAUAAUUUUGUUACACUGUAUAUACCCUUGUAUAAGGAAUGUGUGGGCUUAUCAUUUAUUGUUAAAACCAACAAAUAGUGUAUUUUAUAAAAUAUGUAGUGGCUUUAUGUGUUAGAUUUAGCCAUAGGAUGUACCGUCGUACAGGAAUGAGUGUGCAUGAUCCUUAUAGCAUAACAAUGCACAUCUAUUGUGUUUUAUUCCAUGAUUUUACAGUAUAAUGUAAUUAUGAAGCUAUAAGAAAGAAUGGGCUUUUCAUAUAUAAUUUCAAUAACAUACACAGUGAUUGUAGUUUACUGUUUCCACGGUAAUAAAAAGGCACACCAUGAAUUACUGUUCUGAACAUGCUUUUCGUUUAAAAUUUCAUUUUUUUUAAAGAAUAUGUAUAUAGUAUGUAUGUCUGUGAGUUUGUAAACUGAGUUUGUUUUUAUAAUCGAUUUGAUGAAUGAUUGAAUAAAGUUUAAAGAGUGAUUUUGAAUAUCGAAGACAAAGUUAUCAAUAAACAAGGUUGUUGGUUAUUAAUCAUUGAAUUUACUCAAACCAUGUUUAUUUCUAAUCUAUCAACACAGUUUUUCUUUGAAUAAACAAAUCACGGCAUGUAUUUUUGAUUUUGACAAAUUGGGAGACUGAAAUUAGUUAUUAAGGUCAUAUUCAUGGAUCAUAUAUUUGUUAAAAAUCCUUCGUACGAAUCAUUUCAGAAACAAAACAUGUCUCUGCUGGUUGUUAAUUUGACAAUUAUUGUAGUUUAAUCGCGAUAUAUUAUUUUUAAUUUGCAGGAAUAUAUUUUGUAACUUAAACGAUGAUGCGCCUAAUCCUUACAAUGUACAUUGCAUGGCUUGUUAAUUUAAUUGUAUGUAAUGCCACUUGAAAUGGAUAUGUAUGUAUGAUUAUAAGUUCUGACGACGCAUAAAUGUAUGAAUUUUAA